AGAGAUGCAGGCCAAGCAGCUCCCAGGCCAUCUCUCCCCCCUGCCCCCCCCCGCCACCAUCCGGCGUUCCUCUCCCAGGCCCCAGACCAGCCCCAACACUUGUGCUGUCUGUCAGAGCCCGGUCUCGGUUAUUUUAGCUCUGUCCGCAGCAGAGACGCUCCGUCUGUGCAUGAGAGAAGGAAGGCGACUGAAGCUGUCUGGCUCUGCGCUCUGCCCAAGGCACAACCAGGCACAGCCCCGCACCAAGAUGGUCACCCCCUUCUGGCUCCUCUCCUUCCCACUGGCAAUGCUGGCGGUUCAGGAUGUCUGUGGCUCCAAAGAGGAGCUCCCUGAUAGAGUCCCAAUACUGCAUCUAAAGCCGCAGAAGGAUGGAACGGGAAGGGUUAAGAGGGCAUGGGUGAUCCCCCCCAUCAGCGUGUUGGAGAACCAUAAACGACUCCCCCACCUUUUGGUGCAGAUUAAAUCAGACAAGCAGCAGCCCGGCGGUGUGAUCUACAACAUCAAGGGGCCUGGAGUGGACGAAGAGCCCAGGGACAUCUUCACCAUUGAUAAACGCAAUGGGAAGGUCUACCUCAAUACCAUGCUGGACCGGGAAAAGAAUGACCGCUUUCGGCUCAAGGCCUUUGCACUGGACCUGGGGGGAGUGCCCCUAGAGGACCCCACGGACCUGGAGAUUGUGGUCAUGGACCAGAAUGACAACCGUCCCCUCUUCCGGCAGGCCAUCUUCACUGGACAUGUGGUGGAAGGAGCUCUCCCAGGUACCUUUGUGAUGAAGGCAGAAGCCACAGAUGCUGAUGACCCAGAGACAGACAAUGCGGUUCUGAGAUACUCCAUCCUGGAACCAGAAAUGAGUGAGAUCUUCAGAAUGGACGAGCAGUCAGGGGAAAUUCAAACUGCCCAAGCUGGGUUUGACCGAGAGGUCGUGGGCAUUUACAACCUGACGCUCCAAGUGGCAGACAUGUCUGGGGAGGGUCUGGCCACCACGGCCACCGCGGUUAUCUACGUGGAUGACAUCAAUGAUAACCCGCCCGAGUUCACGGAGAAAGAGUUCUCCAUGGAGGCCCCUGAGAACAAACAAGGUGUGGUCAUUGGGCGGGUUCUGGUCCAAGACAAAGACCUGCCUGGCUCUCCGAACUGGCUGGCCAAGUUCACCAUCCUGGAGGGUGAUCCCAACGGGGCUUUCGCCAUCCACGCCGACCCCCUCACCAACGACGGCGUCCUCUCCCUGGUGAAGGCCCUCGACCACGAGGAACAGGACCGCUUUGAGCUGCUUGUCUCCGUCCAGAACCAAAGUCCGCUGGAGCUGGCCGCCCCAAAGGCUGCCAGGGCCUUGGCCACAGUGCGGGUGCAGGUGCUAGAUGCCAACGAAGCCCCCUUCUUCCAGGAGAAUCCCUGGAGGGGGAGUGUGAAGGAAGGCAUGCCGCCAGGCACAGAGAUCACCCUCUACCGUGCAAUUGAUCCGGACACCUUCCAAGCCCAGGAACUCAAGUACUCCCAGGCCGCUGACUUGGUCAGCUGGCUGCAAGUGGACCCUGAGUCUGGCCUGGUACAGACACGCCAGGAGGUUCCGCCACGCUCGACGUUCCCAGACGGCUGGUACAUCAUGCACAUCCUGGCCAGUGAUAAUGGAAACCCAUCCCUGACAGCUACGGGGACCCUCUCCAUUGAGGUGCUGGAAGUCAACGACCAUGCUCCGCUGCUGCUCCCGGUGACUAGCGAGCUGUGCAGCCAGGGGGGACACCUGGUCCUGAGUGCCACCGACGAGGACCUGCCUCCCCACGCUGAGCCCUUCCAUUUCCGCCUCAGCCCCCGCGUGCCCCAUAAUUGGACUCUCAGCCAUUUCAACGACACCCACUCACUGCUGCAGGCCGAAGGAGAGGUGGAGGUCGGGCUCCAUGUCCUGCCGCUACUCAUCAGUGACUCGGGGACACCACUGCAGGUGCGCGAGCAGCUCCUGAACGUCUCCGUAUGCGCCUGUGACCAGUGGGGCUCCUGCCAGGCUCACGCCGCUGCUGUGGUAGGCGCUGUGGCCGGCCUCAGUUUGGGGGCCUUGAUGAUUAUCCUGGGCAGCGCCAUCCUGCUUCUGCUCCUGGCCUUGCUGGUGGCUGCGCUGGAGCAUUCUCGCCGGCAGGCGUUCCACAAGGGUCUCCUGGGGAGCUCUCAGGAUGACUUGAGGGACAACAUCGUCAACUACAAUGAACAGGGAGGUGGCGAAGAGGACCAGGACGCCUAUGACCUCAACCAGCUUCGCAACCCAGACCUCUUCCCCCCGCCGUCGCUUCGGAGCAAGCCACCACACCGGAGGGAUGCGCCUUACAGCUACGCCCUGCCCCAUUACCCUCGGCGCCUGCCCGCCUGCCCUUCUGACAUAGAGGACUUCAUCAACGAGGGUCUCGAGGCAGCAGACGGCGACCCCAGCGUGCCUCCGUACGACACGGCCCUCAUCUACGACUACGAGGGGGAGGGCUCGGCCGGGGGCUCGCUCAGCUCCAUCCUCUCAAGCGUGGCAGACGACGACCAGGAGUACGACUACCUCCACGAAUGGGGGCCACGAUUCCGGCGCCUGGCAGAGCUGUAUGGCCAGUAGGGGGAGGCAGAAGCAGGGGUGGGGGGAGGGAGCGGGGAGGCAGCCCCAGCAGCUGAGCCAGAGCCCUGCACUCUGCCGGCCCCCAGCAACCCUGUUGCCAGCAGCCUCCCAUGCACCACAGCAGCCACUGCCACGGGGCUCCACCCAUGGUGCCCCCAACUUCCCCAAGUAACUUUCUUGCAGGCUGCAGCUCCUGCCCUCUGUGGGGCAGGGCAUCAGCAACACAUAGGAACCCGCCUUCUCUAGAGUCCAUCCAGCUCAGUGUUGUCUGCACUGACUGGCAGCAGCUCUCCAGGAUUUCAGACGGGGUUCUCACCCAGUCGUAGCUGGAGAUGCUGCCGGGGACUGAACUUGGGGCCUUCUGCAUGCAGUGCAGCUGCUCUGUCUACUGAGCUCCGGCCCUUUGCCAUGAACCAGGUGCAGCCUUGAGCCCCGUUUCCUGGGAGGGAAGAAGAGGCAGCCCUGAGGGAGGGAGGGAAAGGGAUGCCACCAGCAGCAGCUGCUCAGCACAGUCCCAGUGUGCCAGGCACGGGCAUGGGUGGGGGCUUCCUUAAAGGCCCCCUCGCCUUUUUCUCCACAAGCACUGAGCACCCAGCAGAGCAGCCAGCAAGGCCCCCUGAAAGGGGCUGGUUGGGGAGACUGCUGCGGGAGGACCAGGCAGGACAGGACUGCGGAAGGGCCCCCCGACGCAGAGGGUGGCAACAAGGGGCCCCAAGCACUUUAUAGCAAGCACGGGAGGGAGGGAGGGCUGUACGGUCAGCGCUGGGGAGGAGACAGGAGCAGAAACGCAACCAGGUGCCCUGGCUGAAGGGCCCUGCGGCCAGCAUGGUCAGGCCCUGGCUCUGCACCCCACACCCCUGGGCUGGACAGAGCCUGAGCUCCAAUUCUGCUGGCAGCCCCCACCCCCCAAGCAGAGCACGGCAGAAGAUGCAAGCCGCUUUGCUGGGCUUCAUCUGCACCCCUUAGUGUCAGGGGGGAGAAAGAGGGGGGCAGCAGGACACCCUGGAUGCAGCUGGAAAUAAAAUAGAUGAAGACAGA